ACUCCUGCGUCCCUCCCCAGCGUUCAUUCAAAGCCCGGCCACGUAAAGUCUCAUGCGAUUCUGCGAGUUACGUCCAGAGAGAGGAGAAAUGGCCCCGGUAUCAAUCAGACGCGUUUUAAUCAGCGAGAGCGUGGAUCCCUGCUGCAGGGCGAUCCUGCAGGAGAACGGGAUCGAGGUGACGGAGAAACAGAAUAUGAGUAAAGAUGAGCUGAUUUCCCAGAUUAAGGACUACGAUGGCCUUGUGGUUCGAUCCGCGACCAAAGUUACCGCUGACAUCAUCGCCUCUGCUGGCAACCUGAAGGUGAUUGGCAGAGCUGGGACCGGGGUGGACAACGUGGAUGUGGAUGCAGCAACCAAGAAGGGCAUAAUAGUCAUGAACACUCCAAGUGGCAACACCAUCAGUGCUGCUGAACUGACCUGCACUCUUCUGAUGAGUUUGUCAAGACAUGUUCCACAAGCUGCUAUGUCCAUGAAAGCAGAAAACUGGGAUCGUAAGAAGUUCAUGGGUGCAGAGCUGUAUGGAAAAACCCUUGGAAUUGUUGGGCUUGGAAGAAUCGGGAAAGAAGUGGCCACUAGAAUGCAGUCUUUUGGUGUGAGGACCAUUGGGUAUGACCCCAUUACCCCUACAGAAGUGUCUGCUAGCUGGGGAGUGGAACAGAUGUCUCUGGAGGAGCUCUGGCCCCAGUGUGAUUACAUCACGGUACACACACCUCUCAUGCCCUCCACUACAGGUUUACUGAAUGAUGACUCCUUUGCGAAGUGUAAGAAGGGUGUGAAGGUGGUGAACUGUGCCCGUGGAGGCAUCAUCGAUGAAGCUGCUUUGCUCAGAGCUCUAGAGUCUGGCCAGUGCGGAGGAGCUGGCCUGGACGUGUUUGUGGAGGAGCCUCCAAAGAACUGGCCCCUGGUGAAGCACCCUAAUGUGAUCUGCUGCCCUCAUCUGGGAGCUAGCACAAAGGAAGCCCAGGCUCGCUGUGGACAGGAUAUAGCACUGCAGAUUGUGGACAUGGUCAAAUGCAAAGCACUGGUGGGAGCUGUAAAUGCCCAGGUGUUGGCCAGCACCUUUACCCCUGAGUCGCAGCAGUGGAUCAGGCUGGGUGAGGCCAUGGGACGAGUGCUGAAGGUCUGCAGCUCCUCCAAACAACCCUAUGGUCAUUUGCACAUCACAACUCAAGGUGAUUGUUUAAAGAAAUCAGCUGGAUUCCUGAGUUCAGCAGCUGUUGUUGGACUGCUGACAGAAGGACCAGGGAAUGGCCCUAACUUGGUGAAUGCACUGCCUCUAGCUGAAGAAACUGGAAUUAAAAUUAAAAAAAGUCACAGUGACACAAAGGAAGCUGCUGGUGCCUGUAUGAUGGAGGUCUCUGUGAAUGGAAGCAUCUAUAAAGCCCUUGGCUCAGUACAGGCAGAUGUUCCUGUCCUGCUCCAGCUGGAUGGCAGUGUGUUCCGGCAACCAAUCCCUCUCUCUGGAAACCUGCUCUUCUUUAAGGCUGCAGCAUCAUCUCAGCUUCUGCCGUCUGUUACUGGGGUCUUGGCUGGAGCUGGUAUUGAGAUGAAUUACUUCAGUGCCUCCACUGCCUCUGAUGGUGAGCAGUGGUACUGUGUGGGAAUGCAGUCCCUGCUGGGAGAUCUUGGUUCUUUGAAAUCCGUGGUGAAGGAGGCUGCACAACUUGCUGUAUAAAUCCAUACUAAUGGAAAGUUACUGGGAAUUACUUAGCCUUAGCAUUCCAUUGCCUAACAUGGAAAUCUAGCAUGACCGUAACAUUACUGCAAUAUAGUGUUUACUGUGAAGAGCCUUGCCUAUGUUGGGCUAAACACUAGCUUUGGUCAUAUGUGAAAUGAUAAUAUAGGAACUGUAAUUGUUUGCGCACAACAUAUUUUAUCUGAUUAAAGAUCUGAAAACUCUAAAGCUUGUAAUCUAAUAAACAUUGUUUACUACUGUGAAGAUGACCCAAUACCAAAAAUAAUGGAUAAUAAUAUGAUUAAACAAUCUCAUACUUUCAUAUAAUUGUCAUAAGCAUUCGCCUGAUAUUUUAAUUUUACUAGAAAAGGGCAGAUGAGUUACUGUGAAAAAAAAUGGAUUUAACAUUUGUUCACUGUAAUGCUAAUUUAGGUGUGUUUUUGUCCGUUUCUAAAUGUUAUAAGGUACAGUGGAGUUCAAAUAUCUGAGACCACUUCUGUUUUACAUUUCUUUCUAAUGUAAUAGUUUUGAUGACAAAAGGUAGUAUGUCAGUGUGAAAUGUAGCAUCUGUGAAAAUGUAACAUGUUUUCAGAAUUACUGAAUCUGUACUGGUAUGAACACCCCAUAUUUGUACAAAAGCCUAAAAGGAAUAAAUCAGAUCAGAACA